UAACUACCCCUCAGAGCCAGGUAACUACCCUCAGAGCCAGGUAACUACCCCUCAGAGCAGGGGUAACUACCCCUCAGAGCCAGGUAACUACCCUCAGAGCCAGGUGAAUACCCCUCAGAGCCAGGUUAACUACCCUCAGACCCAGGUAACUACCCUCAGACCCAGGUAACUACCCCUCAGAGCCAGGUAACUACCCCUCAGAGCCAGGUAACUACCCCUCAGAGCCAGGUAACUACCCCUCAGACCCAGGUAACUACCCCUCAGACCCAGGUAACUACCCCUCAGACCCAGGUAACUACCCCUCAGACCCAGAUAACUACCCCUCAGACCCAGGUAAACUGCCCUCAGAGCCAGGUUAACUGCCCUCAGAGCCAGGUAACUACCCCUCAGACCAGGGUAACUACCCCUCAGAGCCAGGUAACUACCCCUCAGAGCCAGAUAACUACCCCUCAGACCCAGGUAACUACCCCUCAGACCCAGGUAACUACCCCUCAGAGCCAGGUAACUGCCCCUCAGACCCAGGUAACUACCCCUCAGACCCAGAUAACUACCCCUCAGAGCCAGGUAACUACCCCUCAGAGCCAGGUAACUGCCCCUCAGACCCAGAUAACUGCCCCUCAGAGCCAGGUAACUGCCCCUCAGACCCAGGUAACUACCCCUCAGAGCCAGGUAACUACCCCUCAGACCCAGGUAACUACCCCUCAGAGCCAGGUAACUACCCCUCAGAGCCAGGUAACUACCCCUCAGAGCCCCUCCACUACCCCUCAGAGCCAGGUAACUGCCCCUCAGAGCCAGGUAACUGCCCCUCAGACCCAGUAUAAUACCCCUCAGAGCCAGGUAACUGCCCCUCAGAGCCAGGUAACUACCCCUCAGAGCCAGGUAACUACCCCUCAGAGCCAGGUAACUACCCCUCAGAGCCAGGUAACUACCCCUCAGAGCCAGGUAACUACCCCUCAGAGCCAGGUAACUACCCCUCAGAGCCAGGUAACUACCCCUCAGAGCCAGGUAACUGCCCCUCAGAGCCAGGUAACUGCCCCUCAGACCCAGAUAACUACCCCUCAGAGCCAGGGUAACUGCCCCUCAGAGCCAGGUAACUACCCCUCAGAGCCAGGGUAACUACCCUCAGAGCCAGGUAACUACCCCUCAGAGCCAGGUUAACAUACCCCUCAGAGCCAGGUAACUACCCCCUCAGAGCCAGGUAACUACCCCUCAGAGCCAGGUAACUCUCCCGGGGCCAGACCUCUCCUCCACUGCCCCUCAGACCCAGGUGAUACUGUUACCUUAGACCUUCCAUCCAGGUAAGACUGUUACCUUAGACCUUCCAUCCAGGUGAGACUGUUACCUUAGACCUUCCAUCCAGGUAAGACUGUUACCUUAGACCUUCCAUCCAGGUGAGACUGUUACCUUAGACCUUCCAUCCAGGUAAGACUGUUACCUUAGACCUUCCAUCCAGGUAAGACUGUUACCUUAGACCUUCCAUCCAGGUAAGGGACUGUUACUUAGACCUCCAUCCAGGUAAGACUGUUACCUUAGACCUUCCAUCCAGGUAAGACUGUUACCUUAGACCUUCCAUCCAGGUAAGACUGUUACCUUAGACCUUCCAUCCAGGUAAGACUGUUACCUUAGACCUUCCAUCCAGGUAAGACUGUUACCUUAGACCUUCCACCCAGGUAAGACUGUACCUUAGCCCUUUCCAAUCCAGGUAAGACUGUUACCUUAGACCUUCCAUCCAGGUAAGACUGUUACCUUAGACUUCCAUCCAGGUAAGACUGUUACCUUAGACUUCCAUCCAGGUAAGACUGUUACCUUAGACCUUCCAUCCAGGUAAGACUGUUACCUUAGACCUUCCAUUCAGGUGAGACUGUUACCUUAGACCUUCCAUUCAGGUGAGACUGUUACCUUAGACCUUCCAUCCAGGUGAGAGUGUUACCUUAGACCUUCCAUCCAGGUAAGACUGUUACCUUAGACCUUCCAUCCAGGUGAGACUGUUACCUUAGACCUUCCAUCCAGGUGAGACUGUUACCUUAGACCUUCCAUCCAGGUAAGACUGUUACCUUAGACCUUCCAUCCAGGUGAGACUGUUACCUUAGACCUUCCAUCCAGGUGAGACUGUUACCUUAGACCUUCCAUCCAGGUGAGACUGUUACCUUAGACCUUCCAUCCAGGUAAGACUGUUACCUUAGACCUUCCAUCCAGCUGAGACUGUUACCUUAGACCUUCCAUCCAGGUAAGACUGUUACCUUAGACCUUCCAUCCAGGUAAGACUGUUACCUUAGACCUUCCAUCCAGGUGAGACUGUUACCUUAGACCUUCCAUCCAGGUGAGACUGUUACCUAAGACCUUCCAUCCAGGUGAGACUAGGUUAGAUGAGGCUGCUACCUCUCAGACCCAGGUACAGUACACCUGUUAUGCCACAUAGCCUGACUUAUGUCUCCCUGUCUCCAUAGCAACGCUCCACCCCCGCCCCCUGGCAGGAAACUCAGCCAUCGCCGCAGCAACCUCCAAUUGAACGACACCGUGGACAAAGUGGUCGACAGCAGCAGCAUCUACGGCAUCUCAGGUUGACCAAAAUACAGAAAACACUUCUUCUAGAAACAGACAAGACACUGUACAUGUUAUAAAGACUGAUGUACUGACCUCGCCAGUGGCUAUGACGACACCACAGGCUCGGCCCUCCAGCCUAGCUGCGGCACACAGCCCCGCGAGCGACUACACCCAUCGCCGGGCCGCCAGCGCCGCGCGCAGCGCGAGACGGACCUAACACCCACCAUGCGGAUGGCCCACCAGCUGCGCCCUCCAGAGCGCCGUCUCGAAUGACACCCAUCACUGUCCCUCCAUCUCCUCGCAUGCGCGCUCCUCGUCCGUCCGACUAACUUACACACCCAAUCCUCUUGUCCCUCCAUCUCUCCUCCUCUCAGCUACCUCUCUUCUCGCUUCUACUCUCUCUCUAGCUCUCUCUCUCUCUCUCUCUCUUCCUCUCUCUCUCUACCUACACCCAAUCUCUCUUUCUCCAUCUCUCUUCUCUCCCUCCCACAGCCAUAGAUGGUGUUCCCUUCACUCUGCACCCCAAGUUCGAGACCCAAACGAACGGCAUGGUAAGUUGAAAUACCACUAACCAGCAGCGUUUCACUGGUAAAGUGACAUGGACUACUUUUACUUCCAGUGGUAGAAUACCAUGAGUCUAAACUCUCUCUCUCCUCCCCCUCUCUUUCCUCCCAGACCCCAACAAACACUCUGAACAACAUUCGCAUCAAGUCUGUCCAGGACAUUGAAAAUGAGGUAGGUGUGUGUGCGCGCAUGUUAUUUUUGUAUUGAUUGUGUUACUGUGUGGUCCGUUGUCAUGUAUUGACCAUGUUGUGGUAUUGAUUGUGUUACUGUGUGGUCCGUUGUCAUGUAUUGACCAUGUUGUGGUAUUGAUUGUGUUACUGUGUGGUCCGUUGUCAUGUAUUGACCAUGUUGUGGUAUUGAUUGUGUUACUAUGUGGUCCGUUGUCAUGUAUUGACCAUGUUGUGGUAUUGAUUGUGUUACUGUGUGGUCCGUUGUCAUGUAUUGACCAUGUUGUGGUAUGAUUGUGUUACUUGUGGUCUGUUGUCAUGUAUUGACCAUGUUGUGGUAUUGAUUGUUACUGGUGGUCCGUUGUCAUGUAUUGACCAUGUUGUGGUAUUGAUUGUGUUACUGGUGUGGUCCGUUGUCAUGUAUUGACCAUGUUUGUGGUAUUGAUUGUGUUACUGUGUGGUCCGUUGUCGUGUAUUGACCAUGUUGUGGUAUUGAUUGUGUUACUGUGUGGUCUGUUGUCAUGUAUUGACCAUGUUGUGGUAUUGAUUGUGUUACUGUGUGGUCUGUUGUCAUGUAUUGACCAUGUUGUGGUAUUGAUUGUGUUACGUGUGGGUCCGUUGUCAUGUAUUGACCAUGUUGUGGUAUUGAUUGUGUUACUGUGUGUUCCGUUGUCGUGUAAUUGAUCAUGUUGUGGUAUUGAUUGUGUUACUGUGUGGUCCGUUGUCGUGUAUUGACCAUGUUGUGGUAUUGAUUGUGUUACUGUGUGGUCCGUUGUCGUGUAUUGACCAUGUUGUGUGUUCGCAGUACAACUACACUUUCAUCGUGGAGGAAAACGCUGCCAAGAGAACCAGACCUCUCACCACAGGAAGCACCUCUUAGGCUCAAUGACCUUUCAACUCCGACCUCAACAACGGCAGCCUGCUUGAACCACAGCCCCACGGGGGGGUCAAUGUGAUAUGUCAGGGUCAUGAGAUGAUAAUCAAUGUCCAAGUGCCUAGAAGAUGACUGACUAUAACAGAAGUGUCAUUCUACAUUCCAGAGUUCCUCCACAACUCCAUUUUUUAUUCCGUGUUCUAAACUCUUACACAUUCCAUUCUCUCCACCAUAGUGUCUUAUAUCAGACCAGUUAGUUAUUUAUAUAUAUAUAUAUGUAUGUGUUAGAGAUGACUCUUUGGGGGGAAGAGAAUGUUGUUUGGCAGGGUAUGCUUGUUUCUCUUGUAAGAAUAAUGGAGGGAACCUAUUGCUCUUUCUAUUGAUCUUUAUUGGGGUGUUUAGGGACCAAACUAAAUGUUGUUACACUUUCAAUGUAAGUAAUGUUACUAUCAUGUCUCUGUAGUGAGACAUGGGUCAUUUCAUUGAAGUAUGUUACCUGUAACUGGUCAUAUUUUCUGUAUAUUGCACAAGCGUAAAACAAAUAAAAUACCUAAUAAUUUA